UGGCCCGGGCACCGCGGUGGCGUCGACUCGUGUUUGACGGGGAAGGGAAGGAAGGAGGGAGGGAGGGAAGGAAGGAAGGAAGGAAGGGGCUGCCGUCCGUCCAUGGGCCCGGAACAAUGUGGGACGUGAAUUUCAAAGGAAGGAAGAAGGGAAACUUUCUGCUCUCUCUCCUUUUUUCCCCCUUCUCCUCCUCCUCCUCCUCCUUCUUCUCCUUCUUCUUCUCUACCCGUAGAUGGUUUCGAGUGGACUUCCGGCUGACUUUUCAAAUAUGAAGGAGAUGAUUGGAGGUUGUUGCGUUUGCUCAGACGAGAGAGGCUGGGCCGAGAAUCCGCUGGUUUACUGUGACGGACAUGGUUGUAAUGUCGCGGUUCAUCAAGCAUGUUACGGCAUCGUUCAAGUCCCCACCGGACCGUGGUUUUGUAGAAAAUGUGAAUCUCAAGAGAGAGCCGCCCGAGUGAAAUGUGAACUAUGCCCUCAUAAGGAUGGCGCUCUCAAGAGGACUGACAACGGAGGUUGGGCCCAUGUGGUUUGUGCACUUUAUAUUCCAGAGGUGCAGUUUGCAAAUGUUACUACAAUGGAACCCAUUGUACUACAGUACGUUCCUCAUGAACGCUUCAACAAGACCUGCUACAUCUGUGAAGAGCAAGGGCGUGAAAGCAAAGCAGCAACUGGGGCUUGUAUGACUUGUAACAAGCAUGGCUGUCGGCAAGCUUUUCAUGUCACAUGUGCACAGCUGGCAGGACUUUUGUGUGAAGAAGAAGGUUCAGAAGCUGAUAAUGUUAAAUAUUGUGGCUACUGUAAAUAUCAUUUUAGCAAAUUGAAACAGAAGGACAGAGAUAAAUUUAGGCAAAAGCCGAAAAAAAGUUUAGACUCCUCAUCUACAGUUCCUUCUCUGACUGUAACAACUGAAAAGACCUACACAAGCCCUAGCAGUAGCUUUAUGCCCGGCUCAUUGAAGAGGCUGGAAGAAACCACAGCUCGAUUUACAAAUGUAAAUUUCCAGGAAGUAUCUGCUCGCCCUUCAAGUGGGAAUGAAGGUUCAGAGGUCAAAGUGUUGGAGGUCAAGGGGAAGAAGACUGGAGGUCACAGUUCUGGUCAGAGGGGAAGGAAACCAGGCAAUGGAAAGAAUUCAGCUUGUGGGCCUGCAACAGGAUCACCAAACUCUUUUCCACAAGGCAGUCUAUUGGGAACCGCCAGUAGUGUAAAGUCACCUUCUGGCAGUUCAGUUCAAUCACCACAAGAGUUUCAAAGUUUCACUGAGUCAGAUCUGCGAAAUGAUACUUGUGUUCAUCCACAGCCAUCCUCAACCAGAGAGACAAUUAAAGGAGAAAUUGUAGAGCAAGAAGGGACCUUGAUAAACAUUAGUCCUUUACUGAACCUCCCAUCCACGUCUUCUGGGCUUUCCCAAACAAACAUUGAAAACUCAAAACAUUCUGAGAACAGUCAUGGAGAUUAUGGUGUCUCUGACGCUACUGCUAUUACUUCAAGUGGAGCACCAGGCUUUAAAAGAGCACAGGCUUCAAUUAUGGAGGAAGAGACGAUAAAAGAAAAGAAGAGAAAAGGGAGUAAAAAGUACAAGCAUGGGCCUGGAAGACCAAAGGGGAGUAAAAAUAAAGAAAGUAUUUCCCAGCACUCAGUUUCUUCUGCCUCACCAUCAUCAUCAUCUGUGACAUCAGCUGCUGGAAGUGUGGCAAGUGCAAACCUCCAGAAAUCUCCAUCAUUACUGAGGAAUGGUAGUUUACAAAAUCUCAGUGUCAGCUCAUCUCCAGCUGGGUCAGGAAUUUAUACAAGUAAUGAAUUGCCAGUUUCACUGCAGAAUGCAGCACCAGGGACAAGCUGCAGCACUCCCAUUUCCGGUUCUAUUUUACCAACACAGAACACAACUCAUUCACAACAGAUGAAUGCAUCCCCAGUAGCCACUGUUUCUGCUUCAACUACUGUUACUGCAACCCAGGCAAAUGCCCUACCUGGAACUUCAUUUAAUCUCGCUCCUUCUCACAUGUUUGGGAAUCGACUAAAUCCCAACUCUGCGAUGGCAGCUCUUAUAGCACAGUCUGAAACCAAUCAAGCAGAUCAAGAAUUGGUUGACACAAAUCGCGGUCUUCCUGGGAGGAGUAUUUCACCAAGAGCAAGUCUUUCACCACGAUCUCCUGCAGGUGGCUUACAAAUUCGCUAUGAUCCCUCGAGCAACAAUAUCUUAGAAAAUCUACCACCAGUUGCAUCCAGCAUAGAACAGCUAUUGGAGAGGCAGUGGAGUGAAGGACAGCAGUUUCUGGUGGAACAGGGCACUCCUGGAGAUGCAGUUAUGGGAAUGUUGAAAUCACUGCAUCAGCUUCAGGUUGAAAAUCGACGGCUAGAGGAACAGAUUAAGAACUUGACAGCUAAGAAGGAACGUCUCCAACUGCUAAAUGCUCAGCUUUCAGUGCCCUUUCCUGUCACGAGUUCAACUGUCAGCCCAGCAGCUCAAAUGCACACAUUUUCUUCACAAGCUGUUCCCAACCCAGCUUCUUUGCACAGCAAUAAAGGCUCCCAUCUGAGCAACAGCUUUCUACCAGAAAGUUCACUUCCAGUACCCAGCCAGGAGUUAACUUCAAGUGGCCAAAGUACAAGCAGUUCAUCUCUUGCCAGUCCAACCCCAAUUGGGCAAAGUCCAGCUCAGCAGGGAUCAGGCCUCAUAGCAGUUCAGAAGAUCAACAGUGUAACUGGAGCACUAGCUAGUGGUUUGCAGACUGUGACUUCCACAAUCCCCACAAUGUCUUCAGUUGGUGGGUUAAUGGGAACCCUAUCAGGAAACCAGAUGGCAGUAAAUGGAAUUGUAGGUGCAUUGAAUGGAGUUAUCCAGACAUCUGAGUCAAUAACCCCAAGCACGCUAUCGCAUACAGCUGUACCACCUAAUUUGACUCUUCCACUGUCCACAAGCUUAAACAGCCUUCCUGGACUGGGCUUGCUUUCUGAACAGCAAAGGCAACUCUUACUUCACCAACAACAGCAACAGCUUCAACAAUUAUUACCAGCUCAGCAGCUCACCCCAGAACAGCAUCAGGCUCUGUUUUAUCAGUUGAUGCAGCAACAGCACCACCAACACCAGCAUGAGCUACAGCAGCUACAAAUCCCGGGAACUGCACAGAUUCCUCUGAAUAACCUGCUGGCAAAUACCCAGGCUCAGCCAAUUCAUUCAGCUCCUCCUAACCCUUACAUAGCCAUUCACAGUGAAGCUACCACACCAAAAGUUGCAAGGCUUAAUGACAAAGGUGGCCCUGGCACACAGGAAAAAAGUUGACACAGGACUUUUAGAUUCCGGAAUGUGUCUAUAGCGUUGUCAUAACGGUGUUGCCAGCUGCAGAGUGGAUGAAUCUUAGUGUGAAGAAGUUGCUAAAGGACUUUGGCAAACUCACUGGUAGACAUCAUGUAUGAACAAUAAUACAACCCAAAUAAUGAGCACUCUUCAUAAGACAUUCCAAUUCUAUUGAGAUUAUUUGGUUGACUAGUGUUGUCAUCUUCUAACUUGAUUGCACUAAUAUAAAACUAGUUCAUGACGUGAUACCAAGCAUUGAGGAAAUGAAUUUAUUUUCAAAUUAAUCAAAUAAGUUUGAACCAUUCAGUUUUUGUGCUUGUCUCUUGAACUUUUUUAAUGCCGAUAAUAUAAUUUUUAAGCAAAAAUUUAAGUCUUUGAAUGACAGAAAUUUCAAUUGUACAAGGAUGGUAAGUAUUGGUUAUGGUUUCGCAGUUGUGAUAAACUUUAAUUUGUGACAAAAAUUAAUUUGGAAUUUGCAUCUACCGGGGUGAGCAUUGCAUGCAGUUUAUAUGGUAUCCUUGUUCCUUUGCUGUGAAUGUAGUAUGCUUCCAAGACAACUGUUAGCAUGGAUAUUCAGUCGUGGUGCAGCAGGCUUCUGAGAUUUUUGGCUGCUGGGGACCAGAUCAAUC